AUUUUCACCCCGAAGAAUUUUUUCGUUUGCAACUGAGUGCCUGCCAAUAGAUGUGGAAGUCACCCUCUGACGUUGGCUUGGCUCUGCAAUUGCUGGGCAGAGAGAGAAAUGAGGGCACUCAAGCUUGGCAUUGGAAGAAAGAACGCCAUAUCCUGGCUGGUGAAAUUCAGUUUUCUUUGGCUUCUUAGUCCAAACUAUUGCAUGGCCGAUGCUAUUUGGACUGCUUACAUGAACAUAUCCUUCCAUGUUGGAAAUCACAUGCUGUCCGAGUUGGGAGAGACGGGUGUAUUUGGAAGAAGCUCCACUCUGAAGAGAGUGUCCGGCAUUAUUGUGCCACCAGAUGGAAAGUCCCAAAGUGCAUGUCAUCCCAAUACCAGUUACAGCCAGGCAAAGGGCCUUCAGACUUGGCUUGCACUUAUAGAACGAGGAGGCUGUACGUUCACACAGAAGAUCAAGGUGGCCGUCGAGAAAGGAGCCAGCGGGGUAAUCAUCUAUAACUUUGCCGGAACUGGCAAUCAGAUGUUUCCCAUGUCUCACCAGGCGUUUGAAGACUUUGUAGUGGUGAUGAUUGGUAACCUGAAAGGCUCCGAAAUCUUCCAUUUGAUUCAGAAGGGGGUUCACGUUACAGCCAUGAUUGAGGUGGGGAGGAAACACGUCAUCUGGAUGAAUCACUACUUUGUGACUUUUGUGAUCGCCACAACGGCCAUCUUCGCCUACUUCAUCUUUUAUCAGAUUCACAGAGUUUGGGUAGAAAGAGUUCAGAACAGGAGAUGGCAGCAAUUCGCAACAGAUCUCAGGAAAGCUUUUGCCCAGCUCCAGCUCAAGGUGUUGAAAGAAGGGGACAAGGAAAUCACUCCAAAUGGAGAGAUUUGUGUCAUUUGCUUUGAAGGCUACAAGCAUAACGAUACAAUUCGUGUUCUCACUUGUAAACAUUUUUUUCAUAAGAAUUGCAUUGACCCUUGGAUUCUAGACCACGGGACGUGUCCCAUUUGCAAAUGUGACAUUCUUAAAGCUCUGGGAAUUCAAGUAGAUGUUGAAGAUGGGGCAGAAUCCUUGCACGUUCUAAUGUCGACUGAACUGCGUGGGUCCCUAUUGCCUAAUGACCUGGGGACAGAUAAUGAACUUCCUCCUGCAAGAAGAUUAAAUAAAGUGACCCACGUGAAUGAGCAACCGAGGACUUGGAAUGACAGCCAGCUUAAUUCAGAAGUAGAAGAGGUUCAUCCUUCCCCUUGACAAGAGGACCUUUGAGGA